CGCGCUCCCGCGGGGCUUUCUCUUGACCGCCGUGGUUUGCGCGCGCGCGCAGGUGGUGGUGCUGCUGCUGCUGCCUUCUUGAGUCCCACUCAACCUUUCCUCCCUGCUCUUCUUUCCUUCCUUUCCUCCUUCUCCCCAAAACGAAUCGCCGCCGGGAACUGAGGAGCGGAGGUGGAGGAGGAGGAGGAAGAAGAAGAGACGAGGAGGAGAGCUGGACCAAGAGGAGGAGGAGGAGGAGUCCCUUCCCACGUGAAGAGAGAGAGAGAGAGCCCCCUCCCCUCAUGGAAGAAAGCCUGGACGGAGCAGGAGGGCAGGCGAGCUGACGGAGUCUCCUCCUCCUCCUCCUCCUCUUGCUCCUCUCUUCCCGUUAGAAGCCUCUCCCCUCGCCUUCCCUUUCUCUUCCCAUUUGAGCCGCGUUGGGAGUGGGCUGCGGGGUCGUGAGAGGCCUGUCCCCGCCCCUGCCGACCCUCUCUCCCUUGCCCUUCCCCUUCCUGGCUCCUUGCGCGCCCUCCCCUCCUCCUCCUCCCCCUCCGUCCAAUGUGUGCGGGGUUCCCUUCCCCGCCACCCUCCUCCCUCGCAGCCCCUGCCCGGGACGAAUGCGCUCCCCGGCCCCUCUCCUUUGCCGCGCUCCAAUAAGAGGAUCCCCUCCCCGCCUUGCCCUCCUCCUCCUCCUGCCUCCUUCCCUUCCUCCCCCGCUUUCCCCUCUCGCUUGAACUCGCUUGCCAUUUCCCUUCCCGCUGCUGCUGCUUCUCCUCCGCUCAUCCCCACCUGCCCGCCUCGCUGCAAAGGCAGGAUACACCGAGAAAGAGAGGCGGGGGACUCCUCUCCGAUGCCUCGGGCGCCUGCCUGCUCGGAUGCUCCGAGGAGGACGCGGGAAGCGGCCCCGGAGGAGGGAAGGAUGCCGGCGGGGGUGAGGAGGAGGCGGACUUGAGGCUUGGCGUGGCCAUGGAUGGGGCGGCAUGCUUCAGGGUCGCCUUGCUCUCGCUGCUCCUCGCCCGCGGGAGGGCUCUCCCUCUCCUCCUCCUCAUGCUCUCCCGCCCGGCGCCGUCUUCGGCCUCGCCAGAUGAAAUAUAUUUGGAGCAGCAGAACAUCUCCUCUCUUUUUCCAAGUCAAAGCACCAUGAACAGCAUGACACAUGAAGCCUUAACAAAAAGCACAAUAGAUCCCAAGGCAAAUGAUGUGUUUCCUGAGGAUUUUUUGCCAUCUGUUACUUCUUCUGAGGUGACCUUAACAGACCAAGAAGGAACAAUUACCAUCGCGGCUGGACAAAACAUACAAGAAUUGGAUAUUUCAGUAACAAGUAAUGAGGCAGUCUUAAGUGAUGAUAGAUUUAUUAGUGCAUUUGCAAAUGCACAACAGACUCCUUCAUUAAAGUCUUUUACAGAGGACUAUCAUUCAGGUUCCUAUCCAGUGAAGCCAACAAAAGCAUCAUCACAAACGUUAUUGUUAGCGCCUUCAUCGUCUAUUCUAUCCUCGCUGCUUGACUACACAGAAACACUGCAAACACCUUUGCAAAGGGCUGCUUCUGUGCCCCAUGACUCUUUGCCAUAUUUGAAGCCUUUUGACUUGACUGGUGUAACUCUGACUCCAAGCAGAGACUUGUCCCUGGAUUACUUAAAUUCUGUUGCUGUGGUGGAUGACACAACUGGAAAAGAAAGGGAGAGUUCCCCCUUUUAUGCACUGUCUUCAAUAUCUUUGCUUUCUGAAGCUAUUGAGGAAAGUUCACCCAUGUUUAUGAGACAGAUAAAUGAGAAUACCCCAAUUAUACCAGAUACUUUGACAAAAAACCUUGAUACAUACACAAGGGCCCAUUACAAUAUCAAUAGUCAUGUGACAGGAACUCUUGGUUUAAGAAAUACAUCUGUUCUGAGCAUUUUAAAGGAAACUCCUGUUUCAUUAGCUAACACAGGGACUGUUACGUCUUCAACACAACUUCCAUUUGUUUUUCUCCCUGCUCCCACAGAUAGCAUUCCGACUAUUUCUGAGAAUCUUUUCAGUGAGGAAUUGUUUUCUUAUCAAGUCUCCAGAGGUAUGGCAUCAGUUUUGCAUGACAGUUCGGAAAUAACAGCUCCAGUUGAGGUCUUCAGUGACUCUACAAGCCCAGUGCCUUUCACUAGACCAUAUGCUUCAUGUUCAUACUGUGACUUCACCUCAGUUCCUUCAGAGCCAGUUUUUUCAGUGCAGCCAUCAGAAACUGAUGUUGGCUCAGGUGAUUAUGUUGAGACUCUGUCAUUCAUGGCCUCAGAAAUAAACGUUACACCACUUACAUCAGUAGUUAGUGACUUGUAUGAUGUACAGGAGUCUCCUCCAGAAGUCUUUGAUACUACCUUUCCCUCAAGACCAGUUGUUUCAUUCUCUUCAAGGUUUACAGAAGUCUCAAAGUCAGACGAUAUGGGAAAUAGCCUUAAAAACGUAAUAUUUACGUCAGUUUUCCCUCCCUAUGUCCAGUCUUCUGAUAUAAUAUCACUGGAACAUACUUACGACAGCUUUCCUAAUUCUGUGUCUAAAACAGAUAUAUUAACACCUAACACGGAAGAAGUACCAUUCAGUGUUGCCAUGGUCCCCCCUGAGUCUGCCUUCAUUGAAAGCAUGAGCACACCAUCCAUGACAAUCAUGAAUUCAAGCCUACUGGAAACACCUGAAUUUAUGCCACCAAUGUCCACACAUUUCCUUGGCAAAACAGUUGAGGGGUUUCCCACAGAACAAUCUGCUGUAAAUAGAUCAGACAUUCCAUCCAGCCUUUCAUUAACACUUUCUCCCUCUGAGCCAGAUGUCUUGUCACAUUUGUCAUCUGCAACAGCCACAUCGUUCUUGCUAAUGCCAAGUGAUUUAUCAACAUUUGUACCUCACAUUUCACCCACAUUCCUUCCAUCAUCUGUGCUUUUUGACAGUUCUUCUACUUGGGGUUCUGCUGAAUUCCCAGUUGUUGAUGUUACAGGCAUAGAGACGUCCCAGCCUUUUUCAUGGCAGUCUUUAUUGUUUAAUACAAGCUCAUUUUCCAUUCCAGCCAUGCACAGUUCUGCAACAGUGCCAUCGAGUUUCUAUAUGAACUCCUCUGUGCUCCUGGAACCAACUUCAGCUUUACUGAUAGAACCUGAAUUUCACUUUACCUCAGCUUUUUCAGAAGCUACCUCUCCAUUUGAGUCGUCAUCCUUAGCCAUUGAUAUAAGUGGCCCUGUGCAGGUGCUGCCCACCUCUGUUUUGGAGCCUGCUUUCACCAGCAAUAUGUUGGGUGAUGAACCUCAUGUGACCUCAUGGUUCUCCUCUCUACAGACAGCUACUAUCUUGACAUCUUCAUCCCCUUUCUAUACUACUACUGCUACUAUGGAGGAUACUGGUGCUACUACUAAUCUCAGUUUCGUUUCCUCUUUCACUGAGGCAGCUGCUAACACACAUUUUUUUACAACCACCCCCUAUAUUCCUCCAUUGGUUACAGACAUGAGCAGUAUGAAAGUCUCCCCAACUGAAUCAAUGGGCAUAUGGUCAUCAUCUGUUCCUACAGUGAUGUCUUCAUCUGUGAUUACUUCGGUUGAAACUGGCAUUCCAGCACAAACUAACACAACUGAAUUUACCAGUGUGACAACCUCUGCUGUCACUACUUCUAGUAGCACGACAGGCCUUUCUGAAAUUACCAGCAUUACACCAGGUUCUUCUGCAUCCUUUUCAACUUCUGCAUUGGGCACUACUCCACAAGUUACAGUGGCAACUAUUCCAGCUACCACAACCAGACAGCCCUACAUUUGUGAUAUCACAGUUCCUGAUAAAUACCUAGUGACAGCUGCACUUGCCCGGAAAUCUGUAUUAGAAAAUGUCAGUAAAUCGAUCAAAGAAAUCUUGAAAACUGAGUUUAGGAGACAAGUAGAACUGGAGGUUUAUGGUUUUCCCCCCAAAUUCUCUUUUCUGGUGACCUCAGGUCCUUACGUUUACACAGCAGUUGCUGUCAUCAAUGCUCUUGUGAAUAGCAGUCUUCUUCAUGGUCAAAUACCUGUCAUUUCAUCAUUGCAACGAUCUUUCCCUGUUCCAGAUCACAAGUUCCAGGUGCAGACCGUACUUCAGUUUGUGCCUCAAAGUGUUGAUAGUCGGUUCUGUAACUUCAGCCUGCGCAUUGAAAAAGGGUUGACAGUUGCAUUUAUGGAAGUGAGGAAACAUCACUUGGAUAAUUCCAAUGUUACUGUACAGAUACUGAAUAUAACUCUGGGUAGGUCCAAAGCUGUAUUUCGGCAAGGCCCUGUGCAUAUUAUAUUUGCCAUUAGAGAGAAACGUGGAUUCUUAAAUGGGUCUGAAGUCAGUGAACUGCUGAGGAAUCUGUCUGUGGUAGAAUUCAGUUUUUACAUGGGUUUUCCUGUACAACAGAUUGCAGAACCUGUUUAUUACCCUCAGCUGAACACAUCUCAUCUGAUGAAAUCUUCCUGGGUGAGAACAGUUGUCCUGGGUGUUGUCAAUCGGAAAAUUCAAGAGGAGGUUUUCCAGGCUGAGAUGGAGCGGAAACUGGCCCAGUUGUUAAAUGAGGCCCUGAGCAGAGGGCGGAUAUGGAAAAGAGCAACGUUUGCUGGAAACAACGUUGUCCAGAUUGUGAACAUGUCACGUUUAGAGGAACCUGACAACCCAUUUAUGCUGGUUUACUUUGUGGAAGAUCAAGAUGGCGAAAGGCUUGGUGCUGUGAAGACAGCUGAUCUGAUUAACAGGGUGGAUAUCCAGAGGGCUGCCAUCAUUCUUGGAUACCGCAUUCAAGGCCCAGUGGCUCAGCCUGUGGAUAGAAUCAAAGAAUCUCCCCCAGAGUCACAGAACAAUCUUUGGAUUAUUGUUGGCAUUGCCGUCCCCGUCGCUGUAGUCCUGCUCAUCAUUAUCAUCUUAUACUGGAAGCUCUGCCGUACUGACAAACUGGAAUUUCAGCCAGAUACCAUGAGCAACAUUCAACAACGACAGAAGCUGCAAGCCCCCAGUGUGAAGGGCUUUGAUUUUGCAAAGCAGCAUUUAGGACAACACAACAAAGAUGACAUCCUGAUCAUACAUGAGCCGACUCCUCUGCCGGGACCAAUUAAGGACACCACCCCAUCUGAAAACGGUGACCUGCCGAGUCCCAAGACCAAGAUCUCUUCAAAGCCAUCCAAGAAUGUCCGACACAGAGGGAGGGUUUCCCCUUCUGAUGCUGACUCCACUGCAAGUGAACAGUCAAGUGGUCGAGAAACGGGAGAAGAAACUGCAAGGCCACAGACAGCUGUCAAUGAAGUCAAACCCCACCGAGUGACCAAGGCUGGAGUAAACAGAGUCGGUCCUCCACAGAUCAGCAAUGGGACAGAACAACACUCUUCAGCCUCCAUCUUUGAGCACGUGGACAGAAUGUCUCGAUCCUCUGAAGUCAGUAGAAGAAUGCCCAGUAAGAUCCAGUUGAUUGCUAUGCAGCCAAUUGCAGCACCUCCAGUUCAGAAUCAACCACUUUCUGAUCGAGUAGCAGAAACCAACAAAAUUAACAAGGAGAUUCAAACAGCCUUGAGGCACAAAUCUGAAAUAGAGCAUCAUCGCAAUAAGAUUCGGCUUCGAGCUAAGCGGAAAGGACACUAUGAGUUUCCUAUUGUGGAUGACAUGGUUAUUAUUGAUACCAAAGAGCAGCAGAGAAUGUAUCGAAAGGCUCAGAUGCAGAUAGACAAGAUCUUGGACCCUGCGGGAAACAUACCUACAGUUUUCAUUGAACCCAGGAAGAGUUCAAGGGCUAAACGUUCUCCAAGACAGCGUCGGAGACAUCAGAUUAAUGGGAGUCCAAUGGAUGCCGACAAGGACCGCCUAAUCACCACUGACAGUGAUGGGACAUACAAAAGGCCUCCUGGAGUCAACAAUUCUGCAUAUAUUUCUGAUCCUGACCUUCCUGCUGAGCCUCAGACAACGUCUUCAACUGAAUUGGGAAAGUUCUCCGGCUUGCCUCUUCACGCGUCUCAGUACAUCCCUCCGCAACCGUCCAUUGAAGAGGCCCGGCAGACCAUGCAUUCUCUCCUGGAUGAUGCCUUUGCUCUGGUGGCCCCCAGCAGCCAAGGAUCCAGUUCUGCUGCCAUUACACAUCCUGGUGGGUCUGGGGGGCAGCCAACAAAUACUCCAGUUCGAGCAGCAAGGGACACCCCAAGCAGCCAGUGGGGGUCUCCAUAUGGCCCAAGUCACACGAGAUAUAUGGAAUUUGGUAUGACUCCUCCAUCAGCACCAGGCCUGCUACAAAGCAGGCAAAACCUGGGGCCAGGCUUUCUUCCUCCUGUUGAAUUAAUACACCCAGACCAGCAGCCAUCUGAUGUCCAGUAUUCCACUAGAGGGAUCUACUCAGAGGAAAUGCCAUCCGUGGCUCGGCCACGACCAGUUGGAAGCACUGCAGGUUCUCAGAUACAGCACCUCACUCAGGUGGGAAUUGCUAGCAGGAUCGGAGGUCAACAAGUGGAGAUCCCCUCAGGCAGAGCAGGGCAUGGCCAGCCGGGGGAACCAGGGUGGCCCCCGUAUCGUGGAGAGGAUGAAUAUGCUAGGAGAGAUGCAACACAUAUGCCUGGACCUCCAGAAUAUUCCUCCUCACCAGUAUUCCCGAUGCCGAGGACUUCUGCCCGGCAGCCCUCAGCGCCUCCUGUUCAGCUUCCACACAGCAACCAUCAGGGCACGGGGCUCUGCUACAACACCAGCUCCACUGAGGACCUCCAGCAGCCGGGACACUCCUCGGCCUCUCUCAUCAAAGCAAUCCGGGAGGAGCUCCUCCGGCUCUCUCAGAAACAGACCAUUGUGCAAAACUUCCACAGCUGAUUUGUCAUGUUCCUUGCAAAUCUGCCAAGUAUCCGCUUCCCGUGGAAGCUGAGACUCACAGGAAAUCGGCAAGAGCCUGUUGUUCUUCUCUCAGAGGAAUGAGCCUGUACAACACCAGAGAUCAUUAGACAAACAGAAAAACACCCCCCAGGACCACAAGAAGGAGAUGUGUGUAGAUGUGAAAGAACCCUGGGAAAGCACAGCAAGAACUAACACCUAACAAUCUUCCAAUUAUAAUUGCGCUGUGAUCGGGACUGUUUGAUUCAGUGAUGGUGCUGGACCAGAACCCAAAUGCUCCAAAGGAGGCAAUGUCAUCCUCUGAGAUAAGAAUGGAUUUGGGCAGGAGACUCUGUGCUGGUGGAAGAAAAGCAAGAUUAAACUGGAUGUUGUCUGAUUAGAAGAAUCCCAUGGUUUCGGACAUCUCCUUGUGAUGUUGGCUAACGUAUGCUGCUGAUGUGUUUUUCUUCAAAUAACCCAAGAAGCAGUGUGGAUCCUGUGCAAGAAAUUAAUGUAAUGAAAUCAUUGUGAGACUCCUCAAAUAAUGGAUGUUGGAGCAACUUGUUAAGAAACAGAACAAUGAUCGUUGUUGUUAAAUAUUGCUCUGUGCUUCCAGAUGGAGCCAUUCUCUGCACUCUUCCUUGUUGUUCUUCUGGUGCUGAAGCUUCAAAGUGUCCCUUCAUCCUGAUGUUUGCAAAGUUGAAAUAAUGGCCUUUUUAAAAAAAAGCAAACAAAAAAAUCAAGGAUAUAAUCAUUUAUGUUCAAUCAGGCUAGAAAAACAAAACAUUCUCAUUUUUUUUAAAAAGAGGACUUAUUUUCUGGUGAAUGGGUAUGAGAUGGCAUGAAGAAUGUUGGGAUUGUUCAGGGCGGUUUCACAAGUGACACAGAAUGUGCUAUCUAUACAGAGCUUGGAAAUAACUAGUUACAUGUAAACUGGUUAAAUAUCAUGACUUACCUUUUUUGCAGUAAAAAUCAAGUCAUAUUUCAAAAGUAAUACAAUAGUUAUAAACUAUUGGGAUGGAAAGACAUGUCUUAGCUGCUUUUAAAAAUUACAUUUCAAGGGUAUAAGAUUUUAAAAUACUAUCACAUUUUUAUUAAUCCUAAGGGAUUAGUUAAUUUCUGAGUAACAAAGAAGUUACUAGUAACAGAGCAAGCAACCCAGUAAGUAACUUAAUCUUUUAAAAUUUGUAUUGUUAACUUUUGGGAAGCUUUGUAAUGAAUCACACAAUGUUUUAUAUUCAAAAAGGAACUUUCUAAGCUCUGUAUAUAUACAUAUGGAGAUGGCAUUACAUCACCUGAAUGAUUACCCUUACAAAGCUGCCUAUUACAAUGGGGAAAUAGUAAGUAGAACUGUUUUAAAUAAACAUACAUAAGUGGCUGAGGUUUCAAUAGGCCACUGGCCAUGAGGAUAGAACGUCCCCUGCACCUGAAUCUUUUGAUCUCAGGAGUAGACAUCUUUCUCUUGGAAGGUACGUGCCAAUGUUGGGAAAGCAUUUUGCAUUGGAUAAUAUCCAGAAUUAAACAUACCUCUCCCCUGUCAUUUUGGAUGAGGCCUCUUUGUCUCAAUGGGUUAAACCUCAGCAUGGAGUUCCCCUCUGACUCUACAAUUUUAUAAUUCUGUGAGAAAUGCCUUAUUCCUAUGAGCAUUGCGUAGUGAAGCAUUUCUCACUUACAAAAACAGUUCUUAUGCAAAUUGUACCAUCUUUUAUAUUAAAAGAGGCCACCAGUCCCAAGAGGUAAGCUUGGGAAGAUGCUUAAUUUCUAGAAAGGAGCCAAUGUAUCUCUUCAAGGUGUGUGACCAAAAUUUAAACAUGGUAUUUUGAACAUGGUAGUGAAAUAGCCAUCAAACACCAUACAUGAAUGCAAAUCCACUUUUCAAUUGGAUCAUCAGUCAGAUUUCCAAAUGGGUGCCUAAUAUGUUCUACCUAAAUUAGACAUGAGCAGCAGUACUCAAGUGCUGGGGGAAAGAAAGUUCUGUUCAUACAUUACAUGAAAACAAACUUGAAAGUGUCACAGAGGAGUUGUCAGCUACUUCUGGUUCUCUGCUUAGUAUACCAGUAGAACUUGCAUUUCUGUACAUGUACUUACCCCAGUUCACUCAUUUCAUUCAUUUUUUAAAGAAUGGUCAACACACUGUGUUUUAAGAGCACCCUUUACAAAAUGUAGGCAUACACCAAAAAGACCCUGAACACAUAAAAUGGCCCUGAAGGUCUCUUGUGCAAGCCCUCUUGAUGUGUGAGGUUGGGAGCAUUGUGUAAUGAAUUAAGCUUUUUCUUCAUUUGCCAAAGGCUGUGAAUGCAGAUGUGUUGUUGUUUUUUACAAGAAUAAAAUAGGCAAGUCUGUUGUUUGAAGUGAGAUAAACAAAGAAGACCAGCCUGGGUGAUGCCAUGUCACCAGCACUAGUUCAUCAUAAACCACACACUGCAUUUGAUUCUUGAAAAAAAAAUACACAAAAAAUGGUAAAGAUUAUUAUAACAGACCAUUUUAGGAUAACAAGGACUUAGAUUUCACUGUUAGAAGCAAUCUCUACAUUUGUAUGUGUUCCUACUGAUAUGACGGUACAUGCCAUUCAGGCACUAGUUUUUACAGAAUUUUAAUUUCACUGUUAGUUGUAAGGUGUAAUUUACUGUCACAUCGCCAUUGCUUAAUUGUAACCUGCGUAACACGAGUGAAAAAUCUAACUAAAUUAUUUUAUUUGUUGGAGUGUAUUUUUUUGGAUUUUGUUUUUAACUUAGACUAAAUUAAAGCUAAAGCAGUGGCGCAAA